CACGGGCGUGGAUGCUCCCUUCACCUGGCCUUUGGAGACUCAGUUGCAUUUUAAUGGAGGCAGCAGCUGCUGGGUGAGCAGCGGGAGACUGUAAAGUACUCCUCCCGGCAGCAAAGGAUUGCCCCCUUCCUCCAUCACCACCACUGCAUUGCUGGCGGCGCUUUUCCCUCUUUACCCCUUCACUCCUGAAGAGAGAAGAUGCCACUGCCAUUUGGUUUGAAACUGAAACGCACCCGGCGCUACACGGUGUCCAGCAAGAGCUGCCUGGUUGCGCGGAUCCAACUGCUCAAUAACGAGUUUGUGGAGUUCACCCUGUCUGUGGAGAGCACUGGCCAGGAGAGCCUGGAGGCCGUGGCCCAAAGGCUGGAGCUGCGGGAGAUCACCUACUUCAGCCUCUGGUACUACAACAAGCAAAAUCAGCGCCGGUGGAUAGAUUUGGAAAAACCUCUGAAGAAGCAGCUGGACAAGUAUGCACUGGAACCUACCAUCUAUUUCGGAGUGGUGUUUUAUGUGCCUUCAGUUUCACAGCUACAGCAGGAGAUUACCAGGUAUCAGUAUUAUCUGCAGCUGAAGAAAGAUAUCUUGGAAGGGAACAUUCCUUGUACAUUAGAACAAGCAAUUCAGCUAGCAGGCUUGGCUGUUCAAGCUGAUUUUGGUGACUUUGAUCAGUAUGAAUCCCAGGACUUUCUUCAGAAAUUUGCCUUGUUUCCUGUGGGGUGGUUACAAGAUGAAAAAGUGUUGGAAGAAGCAACUCAAAAAGUGGCCUUACUGCAUCAGAAAUACAGAGGGCUCACAGCUCCCGAUGCCGAGAUGCUGUACAUGCAGGAGGUAGAGAGAAUGGAUGGCUACGGAGAAGAGAGCUACCCUGCGAAGGAUAGCCAAGGCAGCGACAUAUCCAUUGGAGCAUGUCUUGAAGGUAUCUUUGUGAAACACAAGAAUGGAAGGCCUCCUGUGAUAUUUCGGUGGCACGACAUCGCUAACAUGUCCCACAAUAAGUCCUUUUUUGCAUUAGAGCUGGCAAAUAAAGAGGAGACCAUCCAGUUUCAGACUGAAGACAUGGAAACAGCAAAAUAUGUAUGGAGGCUCUGCGUUGCACGGCACAAAUUUUACAGACUAAAUCAGUGCAGCCUGCAAACGCAGACCGUCACAGUGAACCCAAGCAGGAGGAGGCCUUCCUCAAGGAUGUCACUGCCUAAACCCCAACCCUAUGUGAUGCCUCCCCCACCCCAGCUGCAUUAUAAUGGACAUUAUACAGAACCAUACACCUCUUCCCAAGAUAACCUCUUUGUGACCAACCAGAACGGGUGCUAUUGUCACUCUCAGACAAGUUUGGACCGAGCGCAGAUCGAGCUCAGCGGCCGGGUCCGGAACGGCAGUGUCUACAGCGCACACAGCACUAGCUCCUUGAACAACCCUCAGCCCUGCUUGCAGCCCUCGCCCAUGUCCUCCAACCCGAGCAUCACUGGGAGUGACGUCAUGAGAACCGACUACGUCCCAUCCCACCGGCACAGCGCCCUGAUACCCCCGUCUUACCGCCCAACCCCUGACUAUGAGACGGUGAUGAAGCAGCUCAACAGAGGCAUGGCGCACGCAGAGAGGCAGAGCCGCUCGCUGAGAAACCUCAGCAUCGGCAACUCGUACGCCUACAGCCGGCCCGACGCGCUGGUCUACAGCCAGCCCGAAAUUCGGGAGCACGCCCACCUCUCCUCGCCCCAGUCGGCCCACUACCCGUUCAAUCUGAACUACAGCUUCCACAGCCAGUCUCCAUACCCCUACCCCGCGGAGAGGCGGCCCGUGGUGGGCGCCGUCAGCGUGCCCGAGCUGACCAACGUGCAGCUCCAGGCCCAGGAGUACCCGGCCCCCAACAUCAUGAGGACGCAGGUGUACCGCCCGCCCCCGCCUUACCCGCCCCCGAGGCCGGCCAACAGCACCCCGGACCUGUCCCGCCACCUCUACAUCAGCAGCAGCAACCCGGAUCUCAUCACCAGGCGGGUCCACCACUCGGUCCAGACCUUCCAAGAAGACAGCUUGCCGGUGGCGCACUCUCUCCAGGAGGUCAGCGAGCCGCUGACCGCGGCCCGGCACGCCCACCUGCAGAAGCGGAACAGCAUCGAGGUGGCUGGGCUGACGCACAGCUUCGAGGGCCUGAGGCUGAAGGAGAGGACCAUGUCGGCCUCGGCCGCGGACGUGGCGCCGCGGGCUAUCAGCGCAGGCUCGCAGCCAAAUGUUUUCAUCGAAAGAACAAAGCGAGGAGAGCCGGACGAGCAGGAGGGCCUGAGAUACGGCCACCACAAAUCCCUUUCUGACGCCACCAUGCUGAUACACAGCAGUGAGGAGGAGGAGGAGGAUUUUGAGGAGGAAAACAAAGCACGGGCUGCGCUCUCCCUGCGGGCACCUGAGUCCCGGGGGAGUUACUCCCAAGAGCCGCCAUCUGGCUACUCCUGUGCCUCGGUCACACCGGUCGCGGGUCCUCUGCACAUUCUCGAGCCCAAGUGCCACGUCACAGAGGCUGAGCGCCGGGCGAGGGAGGGCAGCCCCGUGCGCAUGCUUGCGGAGGCCCAGCGGCCCAGGAGGGACGGGCUGCUGACUCCCUCCAUGUCCGAGUCCGACCUCACCACGUCCGGGCGGUACCGAGCGCGCAGGGACUCCCUGAAGAAGAGGCCGGUGUCAGACCUCCUGUCCGGAAAGAAGAACGUCGUGGAAGGACUCCCGCCGUUAGGGGGAAUGAAAAAGAGCCGAGUAGAUGCAAAAAAAAUCGGUCCUCUCAAAUUGGCUGCCCUGAAUGGACUCUCCCUAUCUCGAUUGCCUCUGCCUGCUGAAGGAAAGGAUGUGCCUGCCAGAGCCACCAACGAUGAGAGGUGUAAAAUCCUGGAACAGCGGUUAGAGCAGGGAAUGGUAUUCACAGAAUAUGAAAGAAUUCUUAAAAAACGGCUAGUGGACGGGGAGUGCUCGACAGCACGACUCCCUGAAAACGCAGAAAGGAAUCGAUUCCCGGAUGUCCUUCCCUAUGACGACACCAGGGUAGAGUUGGUCCCAACCAAGGAAAACAACACUGGUUACAUCAAUGCAUCGCAUAUGAAGGUCUCUGUCAGUGGAAUUGAAUGGGAUUAUAUUGCAACACAGGGACCAUUACAGAAUACCUGUCAGGAUUUUUGGCAGAUGGUGUGGGAACAGGGAAUUGCUAUUAUAGCAAUGGUGACAGCAGAAGAGGAGGGCGGCAGGGAGAAGAGCUUCAGGUACUGGCCGCGACUCGGCUCCAGGCACAACACCGUCACCUACGGAAGGUUUAAGAUCACAACCCGGUUCCGCACAGACUCUGGCUGCUAUGCCACCACAGGCUUGAAGAUGAAGCACCUUCUCACGGGCCAGGAGAGGACGGUCUGGCAUCUCCAGUACACGGACUGGCCUGAGCACGGCUGUCCAGAGGACCUCAAGGGAUUUCUGUCAUACCUCGAGGAGAUCCAGUCUGUCCGCCGCCACACCAAUAGCACGAGUGAACCGAGAAGCCCCAACCCUCCCGUGCUGGUCCACUGCAGUGCCGGCGUGGGCAGGACUGGCGUCGUCAUCCUGUCAGAGAUCAUGAUUGCCUGUCUGGAACACAAUGAGGUGCUGGACAUCCCCAGGGUGCUGGACAUGCUGAGGCAGCAGAGGAUGAUGAUGGUGCAGACCCUCUGCCAGUACACGUUUGUGUAUCGGGUUCUCAUUCAGUUCCUGAAAAGUUCAAGGCUCAUAUAAGCUCCCACGGCUUCUCAAGGGGCCCUGAUCACGGGAAGCGUUUACAGCUGAGAAAAGUGCUUUCCUGACUCGUACUUUCUCCUCCACGCUCUCCUGCGCGGAACGCUACAUCGGGCAGUUCGGUGCGCGUGGCGGUGCGCGUGGCGGUGCGCUGCGCAGGUGUGCAGAGCGCAAGGCGGAAGCGGGAGCCUUUCACCUAGGAAGGGGCGGAGAAGGCGGCCUUGGCGUCGCGGGCAUCGCCCGGCUCCGGGCUGUCUGAUUCGCAGCACUGGUACACAUUUUGGAGAUUGUAUUUUCCAGACAAUUCUGUAUUUUACUGAAGCUAUGCCCGGCCAUUGUGGCAAUCAUUAAGGAGCAUAGGUUUCUAUCUUAAACAAGUUUUUGAUAGUGGAAUUUUAUUUUAUGACUAAAAUAUUUGGGGUUUUCUUGUCGAAAAACUGAACCUUCCAUGAGGAUGAUCCACAGAUAUGAGUGGUUCCUUUAUAACUUUAUAUUUAAAACCAUGUUACUAUCUUUUAUUUUUAAAAAAUCUUGGGUACUUAAGAGUUUAGUUACCAAACUCAAACUGCAAGAAGAAUCUAAAAGUGUUAUUUUGAAGCAUUUAGACAGCAUUUUUAUAUUCAGAAAAUUUUUUAUCCUAAAAAUUCUAUAUAUUUGUACCUUCUAAACAAGAUUUCAACUCAUUAAAGUACUGAAAUGAGUCCUUUAAGGGAAAGUUGGGAAUGAAGGCACAUUAUUUAAAAAUGUAAGAGCAUAAUCAGAUUCACUAUUUUUUUCAGUAUUAUUAUUAAAUCUAAAUGAGUUUGAUUUUAUUGGUUGAAAACGAAGUAAAAAAACAAUUGCAUAGGAUGGAAGUGAAAAAACAGUUGCACUUUUGUUAAAAACAAUAAGUGUGUUUUAAUAUAUGUGUUGCUUUACAGAUGAAAUGAUAAGAGUGGACAUUGUUUCAGAAGUGUUGUAGAAGAGUAAGGCAUAAGAGUAUGUAGGGUGACUAGGACGAGAGUACGUGCAGGACGGUAACUGCGGAUGCCUUCGUGUGUACAGAAACACAGUAUUAUCUAUCCUUAGACCGAGAUGCUGGGAUGGAGAGUGGGGGCUUGACAGUAUGGAGGCUGACUCCACCCCGCAGAGGGAGGUGUCCCCGGGAAAUUCUAGGCCUGUCACUCUCAGUGACUCACUUAUUUCCUUGGAAUUCUUCCACCUAAAACUCUGUUCUUUUCUGACAAAUAAAAUCAAAAAGAAGCCUGGAAGAGGCUUUAUUUUCUUCCGGUUGAAAGAAGAGUUAGUAAUAGUUUCACCUCAUCUUCUAAAACCAUAGCCCAAACUUGCAAGGCUACCAGAAGGUGCUGUGAUAUUCAGGAGGUACGUGAGUUUUAGCUCCCUAAUCCCCUUACGUUCACCCUUCAGGUCAGUUUUAGCUUCUUAGUCCCUCCACCCCCAUCCCAGCGGGCAGAAGAAACAGGCUGAAUUAAAGAGGGAGAGUGUCGCCUUUGGCCCAGGCCAAGAUGGCCUCGUCACAGUGAGAGCUGCCGAGUAGGUAAGGACCGAUUGGUACGUUUAACUGAGGAGCCAUCUCUUUGUUCUUUCUUCUGAGGCUGCUGCUCCAAAAUACAAAACUUCCAAAAUGUCAAAUCUAGGGCCACUUUCCCAAACUACAGUAUCCUAGGGUUGGUUCCAGUUUCUGUGGGAAUUGCUAAAGCAGUUUACCUUGCUAUUGUGACCACUAAGUGUGUAUGUGCUGUCAGCUAUGAGACAGGAUUUACUUAGUACGGUGGAUCUGCCUCACUCUGAGCUACUCAGAAACCAACCACGUAAGAGGAAGAUUCAGGACACAUUAGUGAAAAAAGAAUAUUGCCAGUGGGUACCAUUGUCACCUAGGAACAAAAUAUUAAUUUAAACCUGAAAUUGUUUUUAAGACUCCUGUUUAAAGCACAAUAGACCCAAGUAUAAAUAUUCAGAAAGGGCUCUCCAGAAGAAUGGAAUCCUAAAGAGUAAUAUAUGUAUGUUUGUGUGCCUGUUGUAAUAAUUUGAUUAUAAGGAAAUUACAAGGGCUAACUUAUACUGUUUGAAUGUCACUCUUAAAAUGUUGCAUGACGUAGCUUCUAAGACCCAUGUAUUCCUGAAUAAAAAUAAAUCUACAUGACUAGACUUUGAAAUAAUGUGAUUUUCAAGAGGGAACUAUAAAACAUUGUGCUUUCAUAGUCUUACCCCAUCUGAAUUGAGGCUGUUACUGUCUGCCAAACUUACGCAAUGCUUCAAUAUUUUAGUGUCUUUUAGUUCCUUGAUAUUAUUUAUUUCAAAUCAAAAUUACCAAAAUGUCCAUUUUCACAAAAUGUUUCCAGUUUCCACUUAACAUAUUCUCCUUUGGUUAUAAACCACUGUUUUCCCUUGAUCUAUUUUGGCAUCUCUGGCAUCAAUUUUCCUGAUUAGUGGGGGGGCCUUUUGAUGAAAUAUUCUAGUUGGUACUUUUGAGCACAGGAAAGUUCAUUUUAGAGUAUCAUUUGAAAUGUUAAUUGCAGUCAUUAUUAAUUAUUUUCUUCUGGAACAUCUACUGUGAAGCAUUCAGAAAGCCCUAGAAUUUAGCCUUUACAAUCUCGUGGCAGGAUUAAAGCUGAGGUGGGCCCUGUGCUUCCUUAGAAAGGUCUAGGCAGAAACGCGGGGGAGAGUGUUGGGGUGUAGGCCCAGGUGAUGACAGCAGGCUUCGCCAACUUUUCUGUGACGCUUUCAUCAUCAGAGGAAAACAGUCAUUUCAAAUGGGUUGAUAUGUUAAUGUUCACAAUCUUAAGAAAAUUUAGAUGUAUAUGUUAUAUAGAAUAUAAAACUUUAUAUGUUCUAAACCGUAAAACCGGAAGUCAGCUGCAACUUACUGGGUGUGUAGGUUUAUUUGAGAUUUGCACGCACAAAUGGAAACAAGAAUUACUGUUUAUUGUAAAUCGUUUAAAAAAAUCAAACUAAAAAGUCUUUAAAAAGCUCUAUUGGAUAUAAAUUUAGGAAAUUUGCUUCCCAUCAAGACUGUAUAUGGAUCAAGCUAAAACUCUCUCUUCCCAGGUUAAGGUUUAUUUUUAAAAAUCCAAAUCAGAGAGGGCUCUGUUUUUGAGCUGAGGGAUAGACAUUUCAAAAAUAGAGGAAUUGGUACACUAGCAAUUUGCCUGGAAAGUGUUUCUCAAAAGAACAUGAGAUUUUCAAAUUCCUGUAGAUAAGGGCUCCACUUACCUCGUAUCUACAAUUACUUAGGGAAAAAAUGAGGAAAAAUCAGUCCAGUUGUUUAAAGUUUGUGUGUGCUGGGGAGGGUGAGUAAAGAGAGGAUUUUAGAAGACAUUUGAAGAGGUCCUUGGAUUGUUAAAGUGACAUCGUUUUCUGUAUAUUAACUACAGGCCAGUUCUGAAAUAAAAAUUAUGCUCUAAAAGUC